GAGAUGGGGGGCGAAUCGCUAAAAGCAGCCUUUAUUUUUUGCAACACCGACUUCCACCAGCAAGCAGUUAGAUUUUUAGCUAAAAAUUAUGAUGUCAAUGUUAUCAAUCAGCUUCAAAUAUUCUUUCAUUAGUAAUUAAUCGAUAUGAUUUUUAAAAAAAGUCAAAUGCAGUUUUAUGGUGACCGACAAAAUCUUAUAUUAGAGUAUAUAGUUAUAUCAUGAUUCACAGAUUUAUUCAUUAAAUGCUGUCAUUGAAAGUUUUUAUUCUUCCAAUGUACACAUCUUAUCCGAUUUAACAUCUCGCAAGAAGAAUCUCAAAAAAAUAACAUCUUACUUCCAGCUUCAACCAAAAUACUUAUUCAUUCUUAAAGCAAAGCUAAAAAAUAUUGUUUUUUAUAAAAAGGAAAGAAUGUUUACCUUAAAGAAAAAGAAAAAUCCUCUUAAAAUAUCCUUACCUUCGAACUUCGAGCACAGAGUUCAUACAGGAUUUGACCAAUUUAAUGGAAAAUUCGUGGGACUUCCGGCCCAAUGGAAUGGUAUCGUGGAUACUAACACCGUAUCGCCGAGUUUUGAUUCGUCCAAUGGCACUAAUAAUUACCAAUUUAGCAACCACAAGAACGGUUUCAAUACUCACGAGCCCAAUAGACCGAAACCCAUGGUUGAUCCAUCCAUUAUUACCCCAAUGGAGAUUCUCAAUUUGAAGACUUUGGUCAAAGGAGAAGAUUCCUCGAUAGCUCUCAAUCAAACUUUCACGGAGGGUUUGGAUAAUCAAAACUAUAUUCCGACGUCCGUAAUGAACGGAUAUUAUGACGCUAAACCUCACAGUCAAGACAGAGCCAAAAAAAUAUCCAUAGUUAGAUCGAAUUCACUAAGAAGAGAUCAUUCUUUGACGGAAAAACCUUUCGAACAAGAAUACCUAAUUGGUUCCGGAAUUCCGCAUAACGAUAAAAAUAAUUCAAAUCCUUACGACGAGGAAAUCAAUAAAAUUCGUAUUCUUAAUAGAAUGGGUUAUAAUGGACUAAUUCCCAAGAGUCCAAACAUAUGUUCUGGGGCUGCUCUCGGAAAUUUUCCAUUUUCUUACUUACAUCCUGUUCCAUCCCUUCUUGCCCCAUCUUCUAAUAAUCAUACUCACUCAUUAUCUAAAUCAUCUUCUACUCAAAGGGAGGUCGACGGAACUGUAAUUCAUCACAAUCAAAAUGAGACCCCAAGAUGCCUUCAAAAUAAUAACGUCAUUCAUAAAUUCUCCUAUUCUAAUGCCAUUUUCAAUAAUCCCUGGAAAAUAAAUUACCCUGAUGCUUUCGAAAAUAACGUGCUUUCUUCGGCUCAAGGACAUAAUCAUAAAAAUAUCGACGACACAGCGUGCCAUCAGUCACAGUUUCAAGUUCAAUCCUCCUCCUAUCCUACACAAACAUCCAUCUAUAAUCUUCCGCAGAGACUCGGGAAUUAUCAAAACAAUAUACUUGUGUACGAUAAUUUUAAUAAAGUUUCCUGCAGAAUCAGUAAUCCAAUUACAAACCAACAUUUCUCGAACCCACCUAAAUUUGCGAAUGAUUUAAAAGAUCAAAUAUCCGUUUUAGAUGACUUUAAUAUCCAAAACCGAUACUAUAACAAUAGCCCGAAUAUUCACAAUGUAACUCCUAACAAUCAAAUAAAGGAUAAAAAUAAUUUAGAUUAUUACAGUCCUCGCGUAUUAUCUCAUUAUUCCUCUCGUGACGAAGAUAACGUGCAACAGACGAAGCAUUACAUUGCCGAUAGAGCGAAUUGUAUAGAUUCGAUCGUCGAGUCUAAUUACCCCUACUUAUCUAUGAGUAUAGGUACAGAUAAUACUAAGCUCUCAUCCUUUAACGACAUUCUUUCGAAUGGCGGAUCAUCGAUGUACACUGUUUCUUCUCCGUUAAAUGGUGUCAUAAAUGUUGACAGUCCAGUUAACGAUAACAGCCCGAAUUUCAAUAAAACAGUUUCCUUCGCUUCUCCGCUCAUCACUGUUGUCGAUCAAACAAAUUUUUUUGGUGCUGGCUUGUUAGAUAACAUUAAUUUUAAUUCGAAUCGUAUGAACGAUUGUGGUAGCAAUAGUAAUAGUUUGGACAACAACGGUGGUACUUUGGAAAGAUUGAGACAAAAAUUAUGGGAUACAACUAUAACCAAGCCCAAACCACCCAGCGCCUCUAUGACUAAUAAUGACUAUACUGGAAAAGAUGCACAUUCCAAUUCCAACGUAUAUCAAAGCAACAAAAUUCCUGGAAACAGUUCAAAUGUUAGCAAUUCAUCACAAAUGGUUCCAUCUUUCCAUUUCAAUAAUAUCACUUUAUUCAACGGUCAUAAUAACCGUUCAACACAUACCCCAAACCAAAAUCUGCUUAAAAAUUCCUCAUUCAAAGAUGGUAUCUUAAAAAAAUCGAUGUUAGUCUCCGAUAUGAAUGUUUCUAAAAACGCUAACAAAGUUGCCGAUAAAAAUAAUGUCAUCUUGAAUGGCCAAAAUCUUAAUCUCAACAAUAUAACUUCCAGCGCUUCUGGAGUCAAACUCUCCCACGAAGAGUUCAAAAGAACCCUCAAAUUAGUAGUUUCAAAUGAACGCGACACUAAAUUGGCUCUUGAAUCAUUGAAGGAUUUCAAGAGAAUAGGGGAGGGCUCUACAGGAACAGUUUAUCUGGCCAUAGAAAAAUCUUCUAUCUCUUCCAAUUCCUUCCAUUCUAAUCAUAAUUCUGCCACGGAAAAAUUUAAAUCCUCUAACCCAAUGGACAGAUAUAACCGUUCGGUAGCCGUUAAAAAGAUGGAUUUGAGGAAACAACAACGGAGGGAGCUUUUGUUUAACGAAGUUGCUAUCAUGAGAGAUUAUCCUCACCCUUGUAUUGUCGAAAUGUACGGGAGUUAUCUUGUUGGCGAGGAAUUAUGGGUCGUAAUGGAGUUAAUGGAAGGUGGGCCACUCACUGAUAUAGUCUUGAGAAGAGCGACUCAAAGAAAUGAGGGAACCAACAACUCUACGAACCUAAAUAACAAUAAUUGCAUUCCUAGCAUAGGGCCCGUUAUGACCGAAGAACAAAUAGCCACCGUUUGCAGAUCGUGCCUCAAAGCACUUGCUUUUUUGCAUUCUCAAGGCGUUAUUCAUAGAGAUAUCAAGAGCGACUCUAUUUUGCUUACAAAAGAUGGGAGGGUAAAGCUCUCGGAUUUCGGGUUUUGUGCCCAGGUUUCGCACCAAUGCCCCAAACGUAAAUCAUUGGUUGGUACCCCUUAUUGGAUGUCUCCGGAAGUUAUAGGCCGAUUGCCUUACGGGCCAGAAGUGGACAUUUGGUCUCUGGGGGUAAUGGUCAUUGAGAUGGUUGAUGGAGAGCCUCCCUUUUUCGAUAAGCUACCUCUUCAAGCUAUGAGAUUGAUCAGAGACACUCAUCCACCUAAACCCAAGAAUUGCGAUAAAUUAAGCCUUAGACUUUUGAAUUUCUUAGAGUUGAUGCUUAUCAGGGAUCCCCACGAUAGAGCUACUGCUCAAGAAUUGCUUCAACAUCCUUUUGUGUGUUUAGCUGGGCCACCUGAAUCAUUGAUUCCUUUAAUGCAAAAUUUUUGAUAUAAUCUCUAGAAAAAUAUCUUUAUUUUUACAUUGAAUAUUGAAAAUCGUUUUUGUAAAGUACUAUUUUUAAUAUCUAAUAUGAAAAACAAAAUCUCCUUAUAACACAUUUAUAUUUUUUAAAGAUAUUUAUUUAAAAUUUUUUUUAAUAUUUUUUGAUAUAAUAUUGGAUUUUUUAAAAAAAAUUGUAUUUGAUAAAAUAUUUUUUUAUAGCCUUCUAUAAAAACCC